AUGAUUUUCGUGUUCGGGUUGAACUUGUUUCCCGCAGCCGGAUGGGGACGUCCCAUCAACUUGGUACUGCCGUCGCUUUGUCUUUCGGCUCCGUUCGCCGCGUACAUCUCUCGCCUAACGCGAACCGGUAUGUUGGAAGUGCUCGGGCAGGACUAUAUCCGAACGGCCUACGCCAAAGGCUUGAUGCCGGCCACGGUGGUUUUGAAGCAUGCUUUCCGAGGGGCCAUUUUGCCGGUGGUUUCAUUCCUGGGGCCUGCGACGGCUGGUAUUUUGACGGGGUCGCUGGUGCUGGAACGCAUCUUCUUUAUCCCCGGACUCGGAAGCCAUUUCAUUGAAGCGGUUCAGCAGAAAGACCACCCGGUCAGUUUGGCCGUAGUGAUGAUCUAUACGUUUCUGUUGUUCUCGAUGAACACGCUGGUCGACCUCUCGUAUGGGUUGAUCGAUCCACGCGUGAAGUUGGACAAAUCCUUGGAUUCCCUCGACAAGAACGAUCCCUACGCCGCCGCGUUGCCGCCGAUCGAAAAGUAUCAGGCGAUGUACAACGAGGCGAAGUCGAUUCGUGGUAUCUCGCUGUGGCAAGACGCCUGGCGACGCCUCCGCCGCGACUGGGUUUCAAUGACGGCACUCUCCUUUUUGGUACUGCUGGCGUUGGCUGCCACGUUCACGCCACUGUUCCCGCUGCAGUCGCCGCGCGAGCAAGACCUGGCCAACCGAUUCGCUUUGCCACCGCAGUUUUCUUCGACCACGAUCCGAGCGAACGAGGAUGGCGAAAAGGUAACGGUACCUGUCAGUUUGCAUUUGAGUCAUCUCGAAGGGGAAGAGUUCGAGCGUCGCGUCGGCGAACUGUGGACCGAUCCGACAGGCUUCGACAUGCUGCUGCUUAAUACGCGGCUGGUCAUCUUCGGGGAUUAUUGCUUGCCAAGUUAUUCUGGCGGAUGGAUCGAUGACUUCAUGAUGCGGAUUGUCGACAUCAUGUAUUCGGUGCCCUUCAUUUUCCUGGUCCUCUUUCUGAUCACGAUUCUGAGCGAAGACGAGAUGAAGCAGUGGCUGGAAAGCUACGGCAUCAGUCGAAUCGUGAUUCUGUAUAUUGUCAUUGGGGCGGUCUAUUGGCUGACGAUGGCUCGUGUCGUGCGUGGUCAAAUUAUCAGUUUGAAGAACGAACAAUUCGUCGAUGCCGCACGGACGGUAGGGGCAAGUGGUUUGCGGAUUGUCUUUCUGCAUCUGGUGCCGAACGUAAUGAGUAUCGUCAUCGUUUAUCUGACGCUGACGAUUCCUGCGGUGAUGCUCUUUGAGGCGUUACUGUCGUUCCUGGGACUUGGUGUCGAAGCCCCUGCGGUUAGCUGGGGUGUGCUUGCGGAAGAAGGUCUCCGUGUGAUCACGCCGGUGAAGAUCUAUUGGUGGUUGGUCGUGUUUCCUGCCUUGGCGUUG